AUGACCCACAGGGACGACGUGGGUCCUGUUUGCAGCCUGAGGCUUGUGAUUCUCCUGGUUGCCCUGAAUCCAGAACGCUGGCUGCUGAGAGCUGCUGUGCAGCUUCGAGACAAUGGGUACGACGGGCUACUCGUUGCUAUUAAUCCUCAGGUGUCGGAGAGUCCGAACAUUCUCCCAAACAUUAAGGAAAUGAUAACUGAAGCUUCUUUUUACUUAUUCAAUGCUACCAAGAGGAGAGUGUUUUUCAGAAAUAUAAAGAUUUUAAUACCCACCACGUGGAAAGCUAAUAACUACAGUAAAGUAAAACAGGAAUCAUAUGAAAAGGCAGACAUCAUCGUGGCUGACUCCUAUAUGCAUAGUGAUGAUCCAUACACCCUACAGUACAGAGGAUGUGGAAAAGAAGGGAAAUAUAUCCAUUUCACUCCUAGUUUCCUACUGAAUGAUAAUUUAACUGCUGGCUAUGGACCACGAGGCAGAGUCUUCGUCCACGAAUGGGCCCAUCUCCGUUGGGGUGUGUUUGAUGAAUACAACAAUGAGAAACCUCUCUACAUAAAUGGGCGACAUCAGAUUAAAGUAACAAGGUGUUCAUCUGACAUCACAGGCACCUUUGUGUGUGAAAAAGGCCCUUGUCCCCAAGAAAACUGUAUUAUUAGUAAGCUUUUCAAAGAAGGUUGCAUGUUUAUAUACAAUCGAACCCAAAAUGCAACUGCAUCGAUAAUGUUCAUGCAAAGCUUCUCUUCUGUGGUUGAAUUCUGCAAUGCAAGCACUCACAACGCAGAAGCUCCAAACCUACAGAAUCAAAUGUGCAGCCUCAGGAGCACGUGGGAUGUCAUCACAGCCUCCGCGGACUUCAACAGCAGCGCUCCCAGGAACGGGACGGAGCCUCCACCGACUCCCACAUUCUCUCUUGUACAGGCUGGCGAGAAAGUGGUCUGCUUAGUGCUGGAUGUGUCAAGCAAGAUGGCCGAGGGUGAGAGACUCCUUCGAUUGCAACAAGCAGCAGAAUUUUAUUUGAUGCAGAUUGUGGAAAUUCGUACCUUUGUGGGCAUCGUCAGUUUUGAUAGUAAAGGAGAAAUCAAAGUCCAGUUACAUCAAAUUAACAGCAAUGAUGACCGCAAGCUACUGGUUUCAUUCCUGCCUACCACCGUGUCACACAAAGCAGAAACUAGUGUCUGCUCAGGGCUUAAGAAGGGCUUCGAGGUGGUUGAAAAGCUCAAUGGAAAAGCAUAUGGCUCUGUGAUGAUAUUAGUGACCAGCGGUGACGAUGAACAUAUCGACAACUGCUUACUCACGGUGCUCAGCAGCGGCUCAACUGUCCAUUCCAUCGCCCUCGGUCCGUCUGUGGCUGAAAACCUGGAGGAGUUAUCACAUCUCACAGGAGGCUUAAAGUUCUUCGUGCCGGACAAAUCAAACUCCAACAGCAUGAUUGAUGCUUUCAGUAGCAUUUCCUCGGGAACCGGCGACAUCUUUCAGCAAAGUUUUCAGCUUGAAAGUACUGGCAAAAUGGUUAAACCUCACCAUCAACUGGGAAACACUGUGACUGUGGAUCAAAGUGUGGGCAAUGACACAAUCUUUCUGGUCACAUGGCAGAGCAGUGGUCCCCCUGAGAUUGCAUUAUUUGAUCCUAAUGGAAGAAAAUAUGACACAAAUGAUUUUACCAGCAAUCUAGCUCUGCAUUCUGCUCGCCUUCAUAUCCCAGGAACUGCCAAGCCUGGGAACUGGACUUACACACUGAACAAUACCCACCAUGCUCUUCAAGCCUUGGCAGUGAUGGUGACCUCUCGGGCCUCCAGCUUAACCAUGCCCCCAGCCACUGUGGAAGCCUACAUGGAAAGAGAUAGCACCCAUUUUCCCCACCCAGUGAUGAUUUAUGCAAAUGUCAGAAAGGGGGUUCAUCCUAUUCUCAAUGCCACUGUAACUGCUGUAAUUGAACCAGAGACUGGAGAUCCCGUCACGCUGAAACUUUGUGAUGACGGAGCAGGUGCUGAUGUUAUAAAAAAUGAUGGCAUUUACUCAAGGUAUUUCUUCUCCUUUGCCAGAAGUGGUCGAUAUAACUUGAAAGUUCAUGCCUAUCAGUCUCCCAGCAUCAGUAUCAUAUCCUACUCUGUUCCAGGGAGUCAUGCUAUGUAUGUCCCAGGUUACGUAGCCAAUGGCAAUAUUCAGAUGAAUGCCCCAAGAGCAUCAAUCGGUUGGAGCGAGGAGGAGCAAAAAUGGGGCUUCAGCCGAGUAACUUCUGGGGGAUCCUUUUCUGUGCUGGGAGUUCCAACUGGCCCCCAUCCUGAUGUGUUUCCACCAUGCAAAAUUAUUGACCUGGAAGCUGUAAAAUCAGAAGAUGGAGUGACUCUGUCUUGGACAGCUCCGGGAGAAGACUUUGACCAAGGUCAAGCUACCAGCUAUGAGAUAAGAAUGAGUAAAAAUCUUCAGAAUAUUCAAGAUGACUUUGACAAUGCCAUUUUAGUGAAUACAUCACAGCUAAACCCUCAGAAAGCUGGCAUCAAGGAGAGAUUUACAUUCUCACCAGAGCUGUUCACAAACGAACCUGAACAUCAACUUGCUGGAGAGACACCAGAAAACCACACAUUGUAUGUGGCAAUACAAGCAAUCGAUAGAAGCUCCUUGGGUUCUCCUGUUUCUAAUAUUGUCCAGACUUCUCUGUUGAUUUCCCAGAACUCCACGCCUGUGCUCACCAGAGAUUGCCUUAUAUUGAAAGGAGUUCUAACGGCAAUGGUUCUGAUAGGAAUUGUUUGCCUUGUUAUUGUUGUAAUGUUUUAUUCUUUAAACAGGAAAAAGAGAAGAGCUAAGAAAGAGAAUGAAACAAAGUUACUGUGAACAAAUGGGCAGAACACCUUUUCCCUUAGAUAUAAGACCUCUGGCCUCUGGAUUUCAUCA